AUGCCGGCGCUGAAGUUUCUUCGAGUAACCUCGGCGGUCCCAGGACGCGUCAAGUUUGAGCUAGACAUCCAGAAAGAGCACACAAACCGCCUUAACAUCCUCCACGGCGGCACAAUAGCUAGCAUGGUCGACCUCGGCGGCUCCCUAGCAGUAGCCUCCCGCGGGCUCUUCGCAACAGGCGUAUCCACCGACCUAAACGUAACCUACCUCUCCUCCGGCGGCAAUAUCGGCGACUUGAUCAAGGCCGAAGUAACAUGCGACAAGUUCGGCAAAACACUCGCUUUCACGUCCAUCAACUUCAGCAACAACAAGGGAGAGGUCUUCGCACGGGGAAGCCACACCAAAUACGUUGCGUUGGCUUGGAAAGACCCCAACAACAUCGUCGAAGAGCUUUCGCCCAAGCCGGAGAAGAAAGAGUAG